AUGAAGUUGCUUGCUGCUCUCGUCCACGCCGCCGCCGCCGCGUCCCAAGUCGAGGUGGUGUUUGACAGCCUCGCGCCCCUGGAUAAGGGGGACAAGGGCUCCCCCAUCUCCAAAGCCCGAUCCGUGGCGGUUCAAUUCCCCAGAUUCCCGGCAUCGCAUGUGCGUUGUAGCACCGCUGGAUUGACCCUUGAAUAUGUCAACUUUACCCUCGGCACGCUCGACAUUCCCACCGACGAGUCACUGUGGAUGCAAACUGAAUUUUUCCUUCUAGGUUUGCCCCACUGCACCAAUUCCGACGACCUCGAGCGCAUCCCCAUCCAAACCAUCGCCAAACGUGUCACGUUCCAAGUGUUCCCACCGUCCCCUAUUGUACUUGAACCCGCCACCACGUACUGGUUCACGGUGCACUCGAACGGCAAAACCAAGAACAAAUCGCCCAUCUGGUUGGACGGCACCAAGACGUUCUCGACCAAGAACGAUCCCUCGAAGGAAAUGCUCGUUGCGUACACCGAAGGCGACACAUGGGCCGUGGCAGCCGCCCCCACCGAGGACCGCUUCGUGCCGUCGCUCCAAGUCGGCCUCGUUCGAUCCUGCUAA